AUGCUGUGUGUGCGAGAAAAGUGGAAGUCAAGUGAGGCCAGGGUGAUCGGAGGGGGGUCCAGGAGGUUGUCUCACAGUCUGUGUGGGAGGAGACCUGGUGCUGAGGUCUUUCUAAUGGAAGAUGAGCUGGGAUGUGACCUCUGGAGUGAGUUGAAGGAGGUGGCAGCGGACCUCAGUGAGCGUGUUGGUGACAGGAACCAGUCAGAGGCCCAGUGGCGGAAGAAGAAAAAGGACCAGGAUGAGAAGAUCGGCUCCAGUGACAACAUGAGCGAGGGCUUCGAAGAGGUGGACCUGGUGACAACUAUUGGUGAUGAAUCUGAAGAUGAAGAAAUUAAACCCAGCAAGUGGGGACUUGUAAUGGACCGGCUGCUGGUUCUGUCCAGAAAGUUCUCCGACAUUCUCACAGAAUUCCAGGUGUUUCUCUGGAGGCUUCUAGAGCUUCACAUCCUGAAGAUGGUGGCUUUCUUCUCUGUCUGGGUGGCUCUGAAAGAGCCCUCAGUGAUGAACCUGGUCCUGGUGGUGCUAUGGUCCCUGGCCAUGCCCUACAGUCGUUUCAGGUCCAUGGCCUCCUGUCUGUCCACUGUGUGGGUCUGCAUCAUUAUCAUGUGUAAAAUGUUGUACCAGCUGAGUGUCGUCAACCCUGCUGAGUACUCCAGCACCUGCGACGUGCCUUUGGCCAAUGACACCAACCUGUUGCCAGAAGAGGUGAGGAACUCCUCUCUCUACAAGGAACCAGUGGACCCAGCCAGGUGGUUUGGCAUCAGGAAAGAUGCCACCACACUGGGAUAUAGCAAGAACCAUUUAAUGUUGUUGAUGCUGUUGGUGUUUGAGGCCACCGUGUACCGUCACCACGUCCACCACUACCGUCAGCUCCAACGGUCUCCACCCACCAUCCCGACUCUGUUCCCCUCAGCCACCAGAGACACGCUGGACCAAGGCCUCAUCCCCUGCUUCAAGUAUCUUCUCAACUACAUGUUCUACAAGUUUGGAUUGGAGAUUUGCUUCCUGAUGAUGGUGAACGUGAUUGGACAGAGAAUGAACUUCCUGGUCAUCAUCCACGGCUGUUGGUUAGUUGCCAUCUUGGUGAGGCGGCGCCGAACAGCGAUUGCAAAGAUUUGGCCCAAGUAUUGCCUUUUCCUCUGCAUCUUUAUGAUCUACCAGUACUUACUGUGUGUGGGCAUCCCGCCGGCGCUCUGCAUUGACUAUCCGUGGCGCUGGAGCACUCCAGUACUAAUGAACUCGGCACUCAUUAAGUGGAUCUAUCUGCCUGACUUCUACGCAGUGCCAAACUCCCAAAACCUGAUAGCGGAUUUUGUCCUCCUGAUGUGUGCGUCCCAGCAGUGGAAAGUGUUCGAGUGUGAGCAGAUGGAGGAGUGGAUGGUUCUGGCUGGAGAAAACACGGAUGACCCUGAUCCGAUGGAAGGACGUCUUUUUAACCCAGUGCCCAACUUCAUCAACUGCAGGUACGGUCACACACCAGCAGUGGGCAUCAGUGAGCUAACUCAGCAGGAAUAUGGAUCCAAGCCUGAGCCCAUCACGUAA